GUAGGGAAAACUCUGGUACUUCGACACGAAAAACACUUAUUGCUCCAGAAUCACCAUCAACGAACUCUGUUAAACCAGAGUGUGAAUUUACAACUGCGCGGUCGAGCGGUGAAGCUAACACAGCGGAUGGAUUCGACCCGCAGCCGUCAUCAGGAACUCGGCAAACUUCUUCAUCUUCGAAAGACUCACCUGGACAAACGACGACCACGGCUACGACAGCUGACAACACGGUUACGCAAGAGACAUCGUCUAUAUCAACGAGAAGGUUCUACACGGAAUUGAGCUUCCCAGAGGUCGGCAUAGACUCGAUGCCUAUUCAUGGAGCUGAUGGUGACGCCCCUGGAAGUGAGACUUCGUCGUCAGAGGAUACCACCACGGCUGCAAUGGCGACGACUGAGACGACGGAAGAUAGUUUAGAUCAAGGCGGUCAUGUUCAUUUGGAAGAGAAAGAAAUGACAAAGUUCUUAUCUCAAGUUACUGUCGUUAAUUCAUCAGAAUCUAAUAUAGGGUCUAACGAUUGCAGAAAACCCCGUCGUUCUGUUGAUACCCGAUUUCCAUUUAGCCCGAGAAAGCGACGACCAUCUGAAGAACAUGGAGAUCAAGACGCUAAAACGAUGAGCUGGGUCCCUCCGAUUCCCAAAUUGCUCCUAAAAGAAUACAGGAAAAAUGUUCUCAAGAACGCAGCAGGAGUACAACAGAUGACACCCGAAGUGACACCCUCUCAACACCACACGCGCGAAGGCGCGAUUGGAAAUAUCGUACCUGUGGAGGAAACGACGUCUUCUCCUACCGACGGCAACACCGCCAGAUGGACUGAGCCAUUUCGAGAAGUACAUCGUGACACCGAGAGCACAUAUGCAAACUACACCAGCACAGGAGUUGCAGGCGCGAGAUUCUCGUCCGUAUCUGGCAGCAAAACUGAUGACUCGAGAGAAGGUGGACAAAGACACCGGAAAAGUGGCACCAUCAACGCAAAACGAACAAGGCCGAAAUCUGCGUCGUUCCACGGCAUCCUUCCAUCCGACAGAUUAGGCAGCGUUGACGGUGAACGUGCUGUUGUCCCUCGUUCCAAGUCAUAUACAGAAUACUGGCUGAAGACUGUUUCUCUCUACAAGGAAGUCUCAACCUGCCAAAUCUCACCUUCAACGGAUUCUUCGGGUGACAUUAUGGAAACCGAAUCCAUGGCUCAUGUGCUGCAUGGCUUGCACGACACCAGACAGGGAGAAACGUUGGAGGAGAUCGACCUCGAAAACUUCAUCCGCGAAAACCAGAUGAACCCACUUCUGAAGACCUUCUUGUACAUGCAUAAAACUGCGUACCAGACAUCUGUAACGCGGGAUACACCGAAAUCAACCACGUACGUGAGCUACGACUUACAAGGUACUCCCAUUUCUUCCAAUUUCCCGCAACCAUAUGAACCGAACGAGAUUAUACCGAAGACUGACUCUCCUACUUCACUAGAAAUUAAGCAACCAAAUAUCGAAACCGACAGGAAGAAAUCAUAUAGUUUGCAGCCCAGCGCAGACUACCGCAUUAUUCCCGCUCCUGCACAGUGCGACAGUACGUCGGAGGCAACAAUCAUUCUCGAGUGCGACCGGGGCAGGCGCUUUUAUGAUGCCGAACGUCAGAGUGAAAUCUUCUCACCCAACACUGCAACCACCAUCGCAGAGCAAGCCAGUUUCGAAGACAGCUCUAGCAGCGGUCCUCCAAAAUCGCUCAAGAAAACGCUGCGAAAAACGGCGCCGUACCGUACGCCGUUCCCUCUGUGCAGCAGUUCGCGGUCGAGCGCCGCGGCUCCGAUCAGUCUGAGAAUGUUGAGACGUACGAACUCGACGGAAUACAUGACGCCGUCUAUGACACAAGGUCGUAGCCCAAUAGGGCAUUCCGUCGAAGAGGAAAAACCGUUGAAGAAGUGCGUGAGCGCCCUUUCGUACCUUGAGAAAAACCGUCUUUGGAAACCUGAUUCGUUGCCCUUUCAGCGGUGGCUGAACGCGGCCAGGAGGGCGUCGUUAAGGCCUGGCGAUGGAGGGUCUGUCCUGGAUGAGUCGGGACGCCCGUCUUCGCAAGAUAUGAUAACGUCGAGCGAGUCGUCAGAGGAGGAAGAGAUGCAUAGCUUGGCGUCUACUACGAUGCAGAGUUAUACGAACGAAGAAGGUACGGACGACGAAGAAAUAUUUUGAAGUGUUCAUCAUUAUAAUAAACCUAUGGAUA